AUGGAUAUUCUUGGAGAUAUUGUGGAACAUGAGACGAGUGUUCCAAAGCCUCCAUCUGUGCCCAGUUCAAGCUCGAAGGGGUUCCCGCAAGCCACGGCAAAACGGCCAUCCAGAUGGAGACAGAGGUUGCAAGAGAAGGGUCUGUCGUCGAUGUCGGGCGAGGUUUCUGGAGGGGACCAGGAUGAUGGUAAAUUCUACACUGUAGAUAAUGACACCAAUUUGAAGAAGUUCAAAGACGACGGAGAGAGAAGACUCGAUUAUUCUGGGCUAUCGGAGGAGGAAAGAGUUCACCAGGAGAACAUUGAGAUUUUGGCGAGAAUGUCGAAUAAGGACCGUGAGGAGGCUAAACAGGAGUUACUAGACAACUUGGACCCUAAGGUUUUAGAAAUGUUGAUGAAGAGGUCCAUGAGAAAGUACGGGAAACCUGGGGAGAAGGGACUUUGUGAAGAAUAUCAACAAACCAAGGAGGCCUCUAUGUUUGAUCCCGUGGAAGGUGCUGCUGGUACUUGGGUUGGUGGAGAGCACGAACUCGACAAGACGAUACCAACUGCGACAGUCGAGAAUACUGCUUCAUCGCACUGUUCGCCAGCAGGAUCUUGUUCUGAUAAUUUGAAAUCGUCGCUUAUGAAGUCAAAGACUAUGGCUAGUUCGUCUCCGGUUGGUAACUCUGCAUCAUCGGAGAAAAAAAUACGGUUCUCCAAAGAGGCUAAAGUAAUUUACCUUGAUCAAUCCAAACAGGUGACAUUGGAAACUCCCGAAGACGAUGAGUGGGAGGAUGUCAGUGAUGUGAAAUCACCUUCAUUGACUCCACUUGUUGACGAUGACGCGGCUCCCCCAUUAGAGGAUGCAAUCCAGUUAGCAGAACAAUCUGUUCAUGAUGUGGUCCGCACAAAGUCAGGAAUACAUUUCCCUAAGCCCAGACAACCCUACGAAGAGUUGGACAUCAAUGAUCCAAAUUUCAACGAUAAACUAUAUGAGAAAUAUUUCCCUGAUUUACCCAAGAAUCCUAAACAGCUCGAAUGGAUGGAAAACUCUAAUACUAGAAUCCCUGAUGAAAUUGCCUACGAUUCAUUAGAGUCAGUACGGUUUGAUUUCAAGGGAGAAAUCAUCACCAGUGAUAACAUCGAUAGAUAUCUUGGAGAGAACCAAGGACUUUAUAAUCACUCCAAGAAUCCCGAGUUGCCCGGUUACACACUAACGGAACUAGCACAUUAUCUACGUUCAACAUACCCAGGACAAGUCUGUAUUGCAUGUAGAACCCUGGGUCGAAUUAUGUACAAAUUAGGAACACUGGAAUACCAAGUCAAUGAAGUGGGCCCUACAGCUGAAGAUAAUGGGAAUGGAAUUGCCAAGGAAAGUGGAAAAGAGGGGCAAUUCGAAAUCGAAUGUUGGAAAUUAAUAGAUACAUUACAAAUCAUUCCACUCUUACAAUCAUAUUCCUCUGACAAGCAGAAGAACCUAUCAAUUAAAAAUUAUGCAAUUGAUGCCCUUUGGUUAUGGAAAAAAGGUGGUGGUGAUGGCAAGAUGAAAAAGUUUAUUACUCAGUCACAGUAG